AAUUAAGAAAUCCUAAUCUUUAUAUGAAAGAAAUUCUAAUCUUGAAUGGAUUCUUGAACUUCUUAAAUUUCUUGGAUUCUUGGCCUUCUUGAUCAUGCAUAUUCCAACUAACAAUCCUAGUUUGACUAGAACCAUAAAUAUAAUCCUACUAAAACAAGAAUCAAAUUACUAGGAAAUAAGAAUUAAGAAAUCCUAAUCUUUAUAGAAAAGAAAUCCUAAUCUUGAAUGGAUUCUUGACUUGUUGAAUUUCAUAGAUUCUUGGCCUUCUUGAUCUUGCAUCAAUAUUUCAUCAGAUCCCAUAUUCUCACACCAUAAAUCUUGAAAUUUGUUGUCUCUUGGUGUGAAGUGCUUUCUGAUACUUAUGUAGUUGCUGUUACUUAGAAAUCAUGAAAGAUAAAUUAACAAUUAAAUCAUCUGAACGUCCAGUAAGUAUCAACAUCACUCAUAUACUAUCAAAAGGAAUGCUAAUUUACGUUUCCGAAUUUCACUGAAUACAACUAUCCAGUCGUAUUGGUAGCCGUUAAGUAGUAGCAAAUCUGAACAAAAGUGUAUUCAUAGCUCUUUUUGAUUGCUUCUUUCUGUCUAAUCUACUUCUCCUCCUAACGUUGGUGCUAUUGAAUGUGAGGUUACAUAAACGUACAAGCAAAUUAAACUAGUCACAUAAGUUUGGUGAGCUGAUUUUCUGCUUAAAAUCAGCUGAUCUGUUUAUGUUGGUUUUGGUGUGAUCUUAAUAAUCAAAGCUUAUUUAAACAUCAAAAGCAGCAUAAACUAAAGAGUACUAAUUAAUAAACCAUAGCUCCCAGGAUUUUCUUCCUCUCUUAUCUGCUACUGAUGCUGGCAGUCACCCAAGGUAUCCAUGCAGUCUAUUACAUCGUUACCAAUAAGGCUGCGAACAGCCUGGUAUUGCCCGAUUCGACUGCGGAAUUGGCGUCCAAUAUUGCCCGAUUCGGCGGCACAAAUUUUAUAUGGAGGAUCUUCCAACAGUUAUUUCCUGCAGAACGUAAAAAUGUUCUGAAAAUGAUUGAUGAAGGAGAAGAAUAAGCGUCUUAAAUAAAAGGGAUUUGCGAGAUUGUGGGUUACUGUUAGGGCUGGGGGUACUUUUUAAAGUUUGCUAAUGAUCAGUGUUUUAAAAGGCGUUUUCGGGGCGAUCCUUGGGGCGAGGCGCACAAAAAAUGCCCCGAGGCAAUAGUGGGGGACGACAGUCUCAAAAGGUGUAUGCCCAGCAAUUCGAGAGGUACGCCCGGGCAUUGAGGUGCGUUUUUGUAGCGAGGCAUAAGCCCAAGAGAUUUCUUCAAAUUAAAAUAAAAUUUACUGAAUAAGUCCUUAAUAUAAUACCCGAACUCUCAAAAGUCAGCUUGUAAUUACUCAAAAGUUCUAAAAGGAACUGAAACAUUAAAUUAAAAGUCAAGACCUUUAUUGCUAGAAGCCCUAAUUUAUAGUUUUUCCCAAUUCUUUAUCUUGUUCGCUGGUGUACUACUAUCUCCCAAAAGCAACGAACAAUCAAUUUUUUUGCAAAUACACGCUGAGGCAUAUGUAAAAUGUCUCGCCUUGUUCCCACGCCUUUUAAGACACUGCUAAUGGUAGGGGUAAAUUUGGCCGGAGUAUAACAGAGGUUAAAUGUAGACAAUAUCCGAAAGUAGAGGGUAAAUUGACCCUUUCCCUUUUUUAUUUGUCUCAAAAAUGAAAUGGCUAAAUGGCUUCCUGCAAGCAGGCUUACCUUGUCGCAGGGCUGAGUGGAGGUUUCUUGACAUUUUUAAUGUCAGUAUUCAUGCUACUUGCUUGGGUUUCCUAUCGCCUGUCUAUCAAGUCCUUUGGUCUCAGAUCUUUCAGGUCAACUGCAUGUUAUGUGAUCCCUCUCAUUCCUUGCCUAAUGUACACAGUGUAUUUUGGUGGAUUUCUUGUUGCUUUUGUUAUCGAAAAAAUGGGCAUGACAGGCUCACUUCCCCCUCCUUUUG